AUGGUGGUUUAUUCUUUCUAUAUCUUUGACCGGCACGCGGAAUGCAUAUACAAACGACGCUGGUUUCCUCGUCCAAUCUCUACUUCAGGCAGCAAAUCUUCGCGACCGACCUCGGAAGCUUCUGCGCCAGCUACCAGCGCUCCUGUGCUUCUUGGCCAAUCCGCGCGGACAACCGAUGACGAUGCGAAGUUGAUCUUUGGUACUGUGUUUUCGCUCCGCAAUAUGGUGCGCAAAUUGGGAGGAGAGGACGACAACUUCGUCACGUACAAGACGAGCCAAUAUAAACUGCACUACUACGAGACGCCAACCAACAUAAAAUUCGUCAUGCUCACGGAUAUCAAGAGUCCAAGUAUGCGCGUUGCAUUGCAGCAGAUCUACAUCAAUCUCUACGUCGAAUACGUGGUCAAGAAUCCGUUGUCUCCUGUCGAGCAUCCAGGGGGUGUGGGCGUCAAUAAUGAGCUAUUUGAAGAGUCUCUAGAACAAUUUGUGACACGAGUCUUGUCGUGA